CCGACACGUGAACACAUUAGGAUGACCUCCUACGUGGCCUUCCAGCAGUACGACCUCCUGGACUCCGAGGGCUACGGGUCGGCGAGCAGCCCGGAAUCGAAUCCGCGUGGCAAUUGGCAUCACCAGGAGAUCUAUCCGCAGCCGCCGCGCUCCAGGGGCAGCAGCUGCGGCAGCGUCAGCUCCGUGGACAGUCACCAUCAGCAGGAAUACCAGGAGAUCGGCGGCGGUGCUCCCAAUGGCAGCCUUCACGUGACCGCCGGCUUCAAUUUCGGCGAUUUCUACGAGGGCUACUAUCAGGAGGGUGGCUGCCGAAACGAGCAUCAGCCAACGUUGAACGGUGACGGCAGCAGGAACGUCACGGAUCUACACGCCAAGUUGAUCUUCAGGAUGAACGAGCAGUGUACGGCUUACGAUGACGCUUCAUCCAGGAUGGCUUUCAAUGAGGGUGUCAUGAACAAGCAGGAUCCAGCAGGAUAUAUCCAGAAGAUGGAUCAUCUUUCUGCUGGAGUGUACGCGAACUCGAGGACCGACUUCGGUCAGAGUCAGCCCAUCUUCGCCACGAAGGGCUACGCGAAGAGCGGUACCUAUCAUCCACGGAACGAGAAUCACCGUUACGCUCCGAGGAGUCACCCCUACGUCGCUUACACCGUGCCGAGAAACGAAUCCGGUCUGCCGAGUGGCCAGCCGAGCAAAUGCGAUCAAUCGAGGUACCAUCAGAGGAACGACGGGCUCCACGUCGUUUUGCCAGCGGAAUACACCGCCGGCCAGAAAUCCAAGGAGGCGGCGGUGCAUAAGAUGAAGAGCAGUGCGCCCGGUGUCGAGGUGCUGAGAAAGAGAAGGUUGGCGGCGAACGCCAGAGAGAGAAGGAGGAUGAACAGUCUGAACGACGCUUUCGACCGACUGCGCGACGUCGUGCCCAGCUUGGGCAAUGACAGGAAGCUCAGCAAGUUCGAAACGUUACAAAUGGCACAGACCUACAUCGCCGCGCUCUACGAGUUGCUGCAGCGUAAGUGAAGACGGUGGCUUCGGCGAUUCGGAUCUUUUUCCGAAAAGAAGAACAAUGUCUUGCUGCGACGAUGUCCAGCGUUCCUCGUAGAUCGCGGAACAUCGAGCAAGGGAGGCUGAGAGAUCUGACGGACUCGAGAAUCCAUUCCGUUAAGAAGAGUAGAACAACGACGAAAAUUUCGAGGCUCGAGGCCGCGAAAUCAACCGAAAAUUGCGAUCGACAUCUUCGUCCCUGUGGGGUCUGAGGGACAUUCCUGAAUUCACCGUUGGAACUUCCUCCGGCGGCUUUUGGAGAGAUGCAGAUUGAAAGAUCGCUGCACCAUUCUUCGACCGGGAAACGACCGAGGCGCGUCCCUACCUUCGACGGACUCCGAGACGUCAGCGGGUAAUGACGAAUUGUCGGGGUACCGAGAACGAGACAGCUCGCUCGCGGGGAGCAUGAAUUAACGAGCGAACUGGGAAUCGGGACUUCAUUAACUUGUAAACAAGUCACUCGACCACGGCGGCAUCGACCGUGAGCGGUAUGUAAGCAGAAAAAUAUAAUACCGGCGUCGUUAUCGACCAAGAUCUUCGAGACUUCUCAUUAUAAACUCGAUUUAACUGUUAAAGACAUUUGGAAAUAGCUAGGAUUCGCCUUAUCGAUAUAUAACAUAAAUUCAAUGUUCUCCGUAUCAAACAAAAUCGAAACGAAUUAACCUCCAUUUCGAUCUCUGGUAAAAGGAUGAUUCAUUUCGUUGUUACCGUCUUUCGAAAAUAAAUGUACAAGGUUUGAACGUGCGUUUGCUACUUUUACGUAAGUCGCGAUAUUUCGUUUGAGCACGAUUUACUCGUCUUUGCCGGUAACAUCUUAAACGGCGGAACGUUAUAAAUAACAUGCGAAUGAAUUAUCCUUCGACGUUACCGACGUACACCGACAGCGAUAGCUUACGUCAAAACUAUAACCGAUUACGAGGAGCAAAAAGGCCGCUUUUAAUCGCGCGCGUCAAGCUCAACCGAGCGCGUAAGUUUCGCGCCGCGCGCGGCGGUAAUUCAUCGCCGAUACUUAUCCCGGGAUCGCGCGGCGUAUCGCGCUCCGCGGGAUUCCGGGACGUUUUUCUAAUCGGUAAAGCGAUAAAGAUCGGAGCGGAGAACGGGGGGAAAAAGCCGCGGUCUCCGACCGGCCCUCCUCCCCGGAACCUCCCGGGGGAACCAGCCCGAGGAGAUCGCGGCCGAUAAUCUCGCGACAUCGAGCGCCGAUAGGAUAUUCCGCGCGCUAACUUCAUCGGCGUCUCGGGUUGUCGAUAAAUAUCGCGAUUUAAAAAAGAAAAGUCGUUGUUUCGUCUCGAAAAGCUUACGAGUAGAGAAAUGUCGUCUAUCCGGUACACGGGAUAUCACUACGGGGCAAAAGAAAGAGAAGAGGGAGGGGGGGGGGGAGAGAGUGGGUAGGUCGGGGCGCAUAAAAUGUGAUCGUUGACUGUAAUACCGUGAGGGUAUUCCCUCACAGCUGGCUAGAAUGGCGCGGCGGGGGCGUAAACUCGCCUCGAGUUUAAUUGUAAAUAGGCACCGUCGUACAUUGUCGUCCUCGACGAGGCACCGUGUAAAUAUAUCUGAUACAAGGCGCGUCUAACUUAUUGCGAGGCUGUAUAGGUGAUUCUCUGUACAUAGGUAACGUACGCACACGCGUGCGCGGGCAGAGUGCGGGGGCAGGGAUCACCGCGCUCGCUCGCGCGCGCGCGCACGCACGUACGUACGUGCGCACGUGCGUGAUCGUUUCAUUGAUGCCUCGAGUCGACGAUAUGUAUCAAUUGAGGAGUUCGCCUUAAAAGGGGGUGCACGAAUGAUAGCCUCCGCGAGAAGUGGGGGGAACUUGAGGAAAAAGAAAAACAAAAUUCGUAUUUCCGAAGAAAGAGAUUAAUGCGUAAUUUUCAAAAAAAAUAACUCCUAUAAAAAUUGCACUGCACGAUCGGCGCGCUUCACUUUUUAUUUUUCUCUCUCCCUUCGCGGGCGAACUCCACACGAUUUUGUUCACGGCUUUCGGAAAAGAAACGCUUAGCCUUACGCUCGCCUCGUGUUACCUGAGUAUUCCACCCGUAGCUAACUACUGCUCAAUGGUAAUUAUUAUAAUAAUUGUACGUAAUUAGAAAUUAUCUCGAGAGGGGGGGGGGGGGAUUGUGGCUCGACUUGUAAUCGCCUCAAACGCAGAGAUUACACGUUCGGUGCGCAACGUAGCGCGCGUGCUAAUUGGAGAAGUGAGAAGUGAACGAAUCGAGAAGCUGCGAAGUCAAUUUAUCGAGAUCUAUCGGGGCCGAUGCUGUUUAUAUCCGCCGUCAGAUUAAUUGCAGUCGUCAACAAGGCCAUUACGGUCUGCAAUAACAUUGCGCGCCAAUAGCCAAUUCUUUAUAUUCCUCGAUAUAUCAUCCCGCGCAUUGAGAUCUCCUAAUCCGAGGAAGGGCCAGAUCUUCCCGCGGCUCACAAUCGACUCUCGCUUCGAUCGACCGCGUCGCAUCGCGUCGCGCUUUUGUUUUCUCGGUUCCUUUUUUCUCCGCCACGAAUGCGAGACGACGCGUGACUGGAAUAAUCUCAUUCGGCCGCGAUUCAGCUCGCGACGCACCUCUCGCGCAAUUAGGGAUAUGCAAAAAUCGCGGGACAAAUGGCGGCGGCCGGCCACCUCCACUUAGCAGUCAAUCACAAUUAAAUACAAUUUUGCGCGGGCCGCGGGGCCCGGUAAUGGCGCAAAAAGAGAGCAAAUUGAAAUCUCCUAGCUGACAGAAUGAUAGAUGGUACCGGCCAGACGUGAGAAGACGCGAGAGCGACGGAGAGAGGGCGCGAAGAAGAGACGGGAGAAAGAGAGAGGGAAAGAGAGA